UCUUUAAUUUCUUUAUACUUGUAUAGAAUAAAUGCUAAUCAAAUUAUAUUAAAUUCAAAAGCAAUUUCUUCUGUGAAAAUGUAUAUUGUUUAAGAACAUUUAGGUUGUAUGACCUACAAAUUGUUGUAUCGUGAUUAGUAUAGCAUAUUUUAAUUGUAUCAUGGUAUCAAAUAAAAUGCAGUCGUCUUUGGACGAUUUAGUUCAAUAUACACAACUUUUUAAGCCGGUAGCUACCAUCUUACAAGGGACUAUACUUCCUUUUUUAUUAAUUUACCCUGCUAUAUUCUAUUCAUGGAUCGUAGUUUACGGUUUCGAGGAUAAUUUCGAAGCUGGUUUCGUCACGGUGGCAAUUGUGGCGGUUGUACAAAUUCUGAUUUGCCUUUGCUGUUAUUGGAGUGUUCACGUUCAAUGUUUCUUAUCCUGUUCGGCGGUAAAAGAUCCAAGCAAGGCUCAAAUAGUGAAAGUUGUUCCAACAUUAAACAAUGGCUUUUCAGAAAUUGUUAAACUUCAUCAUACAGAGUCGACCAAAAAAGGAAACACUAAUCCAGAUCUGUGGUUCAUUUUUCAAAAAAGCAAAUAUAUUUACGAUUGGGAUAAAAAAACUUUUCACACAGUUGAGUUUCCUACUAACAAAUCAUAUGAGGAGUACAUGGAGUCCAAAGGUUAUACAGAUGAUGAAAGUGUAGAAAUUGCUGAGAAGGAGUUUGGGAAGAAUGAAAUGAUCAUGGUAGUACCAGAAUUUAUGGAAUUAUUUAAAGAAAGAGCAACAGCACCGUUUUUUGUAUUCCAAGUAUUUUGUGUUGCUCUAUGGUGCCUUGAUAGAUAUUGGUAUUACUCAAUAUUUACUCUGGUGAUGCUUGUCAUGUUUGAAUGCACUUUAGUCCAGCAGCAGCUUAGAAAUAUGGCUGAGAUUCGUAAAAUGGGUAAUAAGCCCUAUAAUAUUAGUGUAUAUAGGAAUAGAAGAUGGCGUCAGAUAAUGAGUGAUCAGCUUGUACCAGGCGACAUAGUGUCUGUGACGAGAUCUUUAAAUGAAAAUCUAGUUCCUUGCGACAUCGUGCUUUUAAGAGGAUCUUGUAUUGUUGAUGAAUCUAUGUUAACUGGUGAGAGUGUGCCACAAAUGAAGGAAUCCUUAGAAAAUGUAAAAAGUCUGAAACAAAAUCUAGAUCCGGAAGGAGAUGGAAAACUGCAUAUGCUCUUUGGUGGAACAAAAAUUGUCCAACACUCAUCUCCAAGUAAAAUUACAUCUAGUCUAAAGGCCCCUGAUAAUGGGUGUAUAGGUUAUGUUAUCCGUAAUGGAUUUAAUACAUCUCAGGGCAAAUUACUAAGAACAAUUCUAUUUGGUGUUAAAAGAGUAACAGCUAAUAAUAUUGAAACAUUUGGUUUUAUUCUAUUUUUAUUGAUCUUUGCAAUUGCAGCAGCUGCUUAUGUAUGGAUUAAAGGUUGUGAGGACCCAGAGAGAAACAGAUACAAAUUGUUUUUAGAAUGCACUUUAAUUUUGACAUCAGUGGUUCCUCCUGAACUACCUAUAGAAUUAUCGUUAGCAGUGAACACAUCAUUGCUGUCAUUGUCGAAGCUGGCGGUAUUCUGUACAGAACCUUUUCGAAUACCCUUUGCAGGCAAAGUAGAAAUUUGUUGUUUUGAUAAAACCGGAACAUUGACAAGCGAUAAUUUAGUAGUAGAAGGUGUAGCUGGUAUAGGUGAUCAUACAAUUGCUACUGUUAUACCACUAUCUGAUGCUCCAAUAGAAACAAUACAAGUACUUGCAACAUGUCACUCCCUCGUACAACUGGAGGAUGGUGUUGUAGGCGAUCCUUUAGAAAAAGCUACACUAAAGGCAGCUGAAUGGAACUUAACUAAAGGAGAUGCAGUGGUGCCAAAGAGAGGGAAGUCACCUGGUCUGAAAAUUGUACAUAGAAAUCAUUUUUCAAGUGCUCUUAAAAGAAUGUCUGUAAUUGCUGGUUACCAAAUUAAUGAGAGGGGUUUUAUGGAGACACAUUAUAUUAGUAGUGUUAAAGGUGCGCCUGAAACUAUCAAGAGUAUGCUGAAAGAAGUUCCUAGUCAUUAUGACCAUGUUUAUUUGACAUUGUCGAGACGAGGCGCUAGAGUUUUAGCUCUGGGUUAUAGAAAUUUAGGAAAAUUAAGUUCUCAAGAGCUUAGGGAAUUGUCCAGAGAAGAUAUUGAGUCUGAUUUGACAUUUGUUGGAUUCGUAAUUAUAUCGUGUCCUUUAAAGAGUGAUUCUAAAAAGGCAAUAAGUGAAAUAAUUCAUGCGUCUCAUUCCGUUGUUAUGAUAACUGGAGAUAAUCCAUUGACAGCGUGUCAUGUUGCCAAAGAGUUGAAGUUCACCCAAAAAACCGAAGUUUUAAUAUUAACAGAAGACAAUAGGCAAUGGAGUUGGAAGAGUAUAGACGAGGAAAUGAGUCUCCCAGUGGAGCCUUUUAAAACAAGUAAACAGUUAACUUCGAAGUUUGAUCUCUGUAUAACGGGUGAAGGCCUUACAUUCCUUAAUGAGCAUCAUCACAAGUUUUUGAUACAGUUGAUGCCUCAUAUAAAAGUUUUUGCUAGAUUUGCGCCUAAGCAGAAAGAGUUUGUAAUUGUAACAUUGAAGUCACUUGGAUAUGUCACAUUAAUGUGCGGUGACGGUACCAAUGACGUAGGCGCAUUGAAACAUGCAGAUGUAGGCGUGGCCAUAUUGGCAAAUGCUCCAGAGCGUUCCCGCGAGAAACCUAAAGAGGAGCACAUUCCUGAAAUAGAGGCACCCCGCCGUCCUCCAGGACCUCGAGACCCUCGCGCCGAGGCUCGUGCUGAAGCUACUGCUAGAAUUCGCAGAGCUAUGAAGAAACUAGAAGAGGAAGACCAGCCCCAAUUAGUUAGGUUAGGAGACGCUAGUGUUGCGGCGCCGUUCACUAGUCGAUUGUCCAGUAUUCUAUGCAUCUGCCACAUAAUCAAACAAGGUCGUUGCACUCUCGUGACGACGCUGCAAAUGUUUAAGAUUUUGGCUCUAAACGCUCUCAUCCUAGCGUACAGUCAAUCAGUCUUGUAUCUCGAUGGAAUCAAGUUUAGUGAUACGCAAGCCACGCUUCAAAGUUUGCUGCUCGCGUCGUGUUUCUUGUUUAUAUCGAGAUCAAAGCCGCUGAAACAGUUGUCCAAACAGAGACCAUUGCCAAACAUCUUCAACGUGUAUACCAUCAUGACUGUUCUUACUCAGUUUAUGGUUCACUUCCUCUGUCUGGUUUAUUUGGUGCAUGAAGCUACUGCUCGAUCCCCGAACAGAGAUACAAAGCCGAAAUUAGAUAUGGAUCUAGCAGAAGAUGAGGAGCGAGAGUUUGCACCCGACCUAUUAAAUAGUACAGUUUACAUUAUUUCGAUGGCGCUACAAAUAUCUACAUUUGCAAUAAACUAUAGGGGCGAGCCAUUUAUGGAGGGUCUUCGCGACAACAAACCUCUAUUGUACAGCAUCGUGAUAUCUGGAGGCACGGUGCUUGCUCUCGCUGCCGGAUUAUUGCCCGAACUGACUAAUAUGUUCGAAAUUGUUUAUUUUCCACCUGAUUUCCGGGUUAUAUUAGUACAAAUUUUGAUAGCCGAUAUGGUAUUCGCUUACUUGGUGGACCGUCUAUGCCUCUGGCUCUUCGGAGAGGGUGCCCUGCGUAAGCUCACGUAACAAGCAUUCAACGUUCCAAAUUCUUUAUUGUCCUGUUAUAUUAGUAAAAAUCUAUAAUAUAUAUUUAUGUAAAUAUUGCUAAUAUUGUAGUUUUGGUGUGGGUGCCCUUAUGCAUGAGUGGGAUAUUGUGCUGCUCAAAUAUAACGUGCAUUUAUUAGUAUGAAUGUGUUAAUAUUAAAUAUAUUUAUGAAAUAUGAAAUAAAU